AUGAGUGAAGGUCACGGAAAUGAAGAGAAGAAGAAAAAUAGAGAAAGGUCCAUCAGUAAUGGGGACCAGGAAAGAGACCCGGAUGACGCUUUUAUCCAGAAUGGUUUCAGGAAGGCUACCAUUGCGAUGAAGGCAGAAAAGACAGAAGGCAUCCUCUCUUCAUUUUUGCUCAUCAAAGGAGAAAGGGUGAAGUCAGACAAAGGCAAACAGAGGGAUGCACCGAUUCGUUUCAAGUCGUUCCGUUGCGGUGCUUGUUGCUCCGACUCUUCUCUUCAUGCUUGGACUGUACCGAUUUGUGUGUUCAGGGACAAUAAUAGCAUCCCAAUUGGCAAGGAAUUUGGUUCACAGCUUCUCAAUGCCAUCACACAAUCUAAAAUUUCGAUCCCCAUCAUCUCUGAAAAUUAUGCUUCGAGCAAAUGGUGUCUCCGUGAGCUCAUUCAUAUGAUGCACUGCAAGAAGAGCAUGUCACAUAUGGUGUUGCCUAUUUUUUAUAAAGUGGACCCAUCGGAUGUGCGGAAUUUAAAAGGAAAUUUUGGAAAGGCCUUCCGUUCGCAGAAGAAGCAGUUUGAUGAGAAGGAUAUUAGGGAAGGGCGACAAGCACUUUCACAAGUGAGUUACUUAAGUGGAUGGGAAUCUGAGAAAAUUGCAAACGGGCAUGAGGGAGAAUUGGUAAAACUUGUGGUCCAAACUGUUGUAAGCGAGUUACGGAAAGAUUUUCAGCUAGAUGUUCCUAAGCAACUAGUUGCACUUGAUGGUCAAGUGAAGGAAAUUAUGUUUUGGAUAGACAGUCCUUCCGUUAAUGCUCGAAUGAUUGGAAUUUAUGGUAUGGGUGGAAUAGGCAAGACAACUCUUGCCAAGUGCAUCUACAAUCAACUCUCAAAUAAAUUUCUACAUGCCAGCUUCAUUCCAGAUAUUCGAGAAACUAUCCAACGCCACCGUAUUGAGGAUCUACAAAGUCAACUAAUAACUGAUAUACUACGGAUCAAAUAUCAAGUGUCUAAAGUUGAUGAUGGAAUUAAUAUAAUCAAAUCUAGAUUCAAAGGAAAAAAGGUUCUCAUUCUUCUAGAUGAUAUAGAACGGAAGGAUCAAUUAAAUGCUUUGGCUAGAGAACGUAACUGGUUUACUUCAGGAAGUAUUAUCAUUGUUACAACUAGAUAUGAAGCUAUCCUUGAUCAAUCUGAAUUUGAGGUAGACAAGAAGUAUGAAUUGAAUGAAAUAGACGAGAAGCAUUCUUUGCUUUUAUUUAACAGACAUGCAUUUCAUAUGGACCAUUCUUUGAGGAACUUUGAGGAUAUCUCUCAUGAUAUUAUAUCUACCAUGGGUGGGCUUCCCUUGGCUCUUGAGGUCAUAGGUUCAUACUUGUAUGGAAAAACAAAUCGAAAUGUAUGGGAUGAUCUAUUGAAGCAAUUAAAAGAACAGCCGCAUAGAGAUGUGCAAAAGAUCUUGAAGAUAAGUUAUGAUGCAUUAGAUGAUGGGCAUAAGGAGAUUUUUCUUGAUAUUGCAUGUUUCCUUAUUGGAAAAGAGAGCAAAUUUGCUAUUUACAUGUGGAAUGACUAUGGAUUGUAUGCAAGUCAAGGAAUUGAAGAGUUGAAGCUGAGGUGUUUAGUAAAAAUUGGAGAUGAUGGUAAGUUAAGGAUGCACGAUCAAUUAAGAGAUCUUGGAAGGAGCAUCAUUUACCAUGGACAACUGCAUGAGGGAUGUAGCAGAAUAUGCGUCAAUAAGGAAGCCUCCAAAGUCCUAAUGGAGAAAAAGGUUGGGGCGAGGAGCACAAGAGUUUACUCACUAGUUUGCAUCCCAGUUGAUCCUAUUAUUGUGAUGGAAUCAUUUUAUCACAUGAUUGAUCUGGGUCUUGCUAACUUCGCUGAAGAAUUUCAAAUUCCAUUCCAGAGACCAAUCAAAAUGACGGGGGGAUUUUGCAGAGGAAUCGUCAACAACGGUUCAGUCUUGCAUGCAAACCUUGAAGAGGCUUGUAGGUCAAUUGGAGUGUUUACUGGAGGUUUUGAUGCUUGUGAAGAUCCAAACACUUAA